GCGCGAGAAGCGGCUGUUGCGGCCACGAUGGGCGGCCUGGAGAAAAAGAAGUAUGAGAGGGGUUCCGCCACCAACUAUAUCACCAGAAAUAAAGCUCGGAAGAAACUGCAGCUCAGCCUUCCGGACUUCAGGCGACUCUGCAUCUUAAAGGGGAUUUAUCCCCAUGAGCCCAAACACAAGAAGAAGGUGAACAAGGGAUCAACAGCUGCCCGGACUUUCUAUCUCUUGAAAGACAUAAAAUUUCUUCUCCAUGAGCCCAUUGUCAACAAAUUCCGGGAAUAUAAGGUGUUUGUCCGCAAAUUGCGUAAAGCCUACGGGAAGAGCGAGUGGAACACAGUGCAGCGGCUGAAAGACAACAAACCGACGUACAAGUUGGACCACAUUAUCAAAGAGAGAUACCCAACCUUUGUGGACGCCUUGCGAGACUUGGACGAUGCGCUCUCCAUGUGUGUCCUCUUUGCAACCUUCCCGCGCACUGGCAAGUGUCACGUCCAGACCAUCCAACUGUGUCGUCGGCUCAUGGUGGAGUUCCUCAACUAUGUCAUCGCCUCGCACGGUCUACGCAAGGUCUUUCUCUCCAUUAAGGGCAUCUAUUAUCAGGCCGAGGUGAUGGGGCAGCUUGUCACCUGGAUAACACCCUAUGCCUUUUCCCACAACCACCCGACAGAUGUGGAUUAUAGGGUAAUGGCUACUUUCACUGAAUUCUACACCACCCUCCUAGGCUUCGUCAAUUUUCGCCUCUACCAAUCUCUCAACUUACACUAUCCCCCAAAGAUUGAAGGCCACGCUUCAGUAGAGAUGAAGCCAGAGGAUGGCGAAGCCUACGCCUUGGACUCAGAGAGCACUCUCGAGAAAUUGUCGGCUCUCAGCACCAGCCUGGCUCGAGUUGUUGCCCCGAAUGUAGAGGAUGAAGCUGAAGCGGAUGAGUUUCCCAUGGAAGGAGAGACCGCAGAACAAGAAGAGGCCCGGCAGAAGGAACAGGAGGACCUGGAAAAACAGAAGAAGCUCUUUGAGGGACUGCAGUUCUUCCUCAAUAGGGAGGUGCCUCGAGAACCCUUGGCUUUUGUCAUCAGGUGCUUUGGGGGCAAAGUGUCGUGGGACAAGUCUGUUUGCAUUGGUGCUACCUACGAUGUUACAGAUCCAAACAUCACCCACCAGAUUGCUGACCGCCCAAACAUGGAGAAGCAAGUGGUUGGAAGAUAUUACCUCCAGCCGCAGUGGGUCUUUGACUCAGUCAAUGCCAAGAUGUGUCUUCCAGUGGCUGAUUACUUCCCUGGUGUAAUGCUGCCGCCUCAUCUCUCACCGUUUGUCUCUGAAAAAGAAGGAGACUACAUUCCACCAGAGAAGCUGAAGCUUUUGGCCGUGCAGAGGGGUGAAGAACCAGCAGAGGAUAGUGAGUCAGGAGAGGAAGAGGAGAGUGGUGAAGAGCAUGAAGAUGCAACUGAAGGCUCGGAGGAGGAUUCUGACAAAGAAGAUGAAGGGAAGCUGCAGAAGAUGGAAGCUCAGCGAUCUCGGAGCAAGAAUCUCCCAGUGAAGGUGACGCCGGGCCAGGUUGUGAAGGAGGACAAACAGCGGUUGAUGCAGGAGCAGCAGAGUGAAGAGAAGCGUUUGGCCAUCAUGAUGAUGAAGAAACGGGAGAAAUAUCUCUACCAGAAAAUAAUGUUUGGGAAGAAGCGCAAAAUUAGAGAGGCAAACAAAUUGGCCGAGAAACGAAAAGCUCAUGAUGCAGCAGUAAAAUCAGAAAAGAAGAGAAGCAAGAAGGCACGACGGGAAUAGGAGCCCAUCUCAUUGUGCUCUGUCGCUUCAUAUGCAGCCCUGGAAGGUGGACCUGGGACCUAAAGCCAGAUCUCUUAUUUGGGAGUGGGCAACAUUUGAACUCCUGGUUCUUCAGUGUUUUGCCUGAAUCCCCUCUCCAAAGCAGAACUAUGUAGAACUGGGACUAUAGUACCCAGAUUUCUUUAGGAAAACCAUUUCUAUUUAAAAGAAAUGUAAAUUUUUGGUUCCAUUCAGUUUUUCUCUUUAGGAUGGCCACUGUAUCUACCCCAAUUAGACAGUCAGAUAGACCUUUUGGUCUCACAUGGAGAAAUGUUGGUUUUGAGGAGAGGAGUCGCUAACAGUCCCUGCUUGCCAAAGCACAAAUGAAAUAACAAGGAUGUGAACAAGGUUCCUAUCUGGGACCAGAAGUUCAUCUGCUGACAUCUCCUUUCUGAGCAGAGGGCAUUUCCUUGUUCUCCUACUGUUUUGGCAACAGAAGAAAAACGUUGAGGUUCUUGCCUAACAAAUUGUAUUUUUAAAUGUCAGAUUCUUGUAAGUGUAUAGCUAGAAUGGCAAAGCUCCUCAGAAGUUGAAAACUUAGGAAAUCUUGCUAUGUAUGUAAAUAAAAUCUGGGCUUGAGUUAAGAUAGGUCAGCUAUACCUCAGAUGGAGUUUGACCUCUAGCCAACAAGGGUUGCUCAUAAUGCAGCUGGCACGCCUUUGCAUUUCAGUUGUAUAUUGCAGCAUAGUUAAUGAGAUUUUAUUAAACUGAAUUUUGAAACUAUGACAUUCA